AUGAUGCGCAUCGCCGCUCUCUCGGCACUUCUCGUAGGAGCCGUUCUAGCUCAGGACUGUAGCACAUCGGCCGGAAUCCGUGAUACAUUCGGUCAAUAUCUGCAAUGUAUGAAACAGGGCCUGGAUCAGAAUUAUGAGCUUUACGAGAAUGAAAUCCGAGAACACGGCAGAAAAGCAGCUCUGGCCUGUUUCUCGCCAUCGAUCGAAGAGGGUAAUAAGAACGAUCGUUGUGUGCUCAAUCAAAAUGAUCUGAAUCAGGUUGCAUGGGAUCGACAUGGACCUCUUAGGGAUUGUACUAUUUGUAGAACUUUCGCUUCUGGAGCUCUUAAAGCACUAAAAUCGACACCGGCUGAAGACCAGAAAUGUAUCCGAACAGAGAUUACUAAGGCAAUUGCUCGUGAGGCUAAUCACUGCCUUCAGCGAAAAAUCCCCAAUUUUGCCGGUGUGCCGGAAAUUCCUGAUAUCGAAGAGGGCUCGUUCACCUAUAGAGACUCAGUGAUUUCCUAUCUAUCCGACCAUAUCCUUAUUCAUUCUCGUCUCGCUUUCUGUGGUGAACGAAAACCAGCUCGAGCGGCGAACACCAACAAAUGUCUACAUAAUCCGUUCGUCGGAUAUCUUAGCGAACACUGCAAAGUCCUCGCCUCAUGUGACUCACGUGUCGCCGUCGGAUCGUGCGCGAAGACGAUUCCUCAGUCGAGAAUCGCCACCUGCCAAUGUAUUAACGAUGCUCGGGAUGAGCUCAAGAAGAGAAUCAACUCGAUUUCCGGAGUUUUCAAUGAUCUCCUUGGAGGACGUGGUGGAAUCGCUAUCGGUUCAUCUAACAAGGUUGAUAUUUGUGUAUCCAGCAUCAAGAAACAAAUGGUAACACCAGUAAACGAUUGGGUCACCGUUAUUGACUCAGCCCUAUCGACUUGUAUUAAGAAGAAACCAGCUGGACAAAAUCUUGGCAUGGAAGCGAUGUUGAAUGUUGGAUGUAGAAAGGUUUUCGCUGAUACUACUGGUACCGCUGCCACUCAACUUAAAACUGGAUUCGAUUUCGUGAACAAUCUCAUCGAUGCUAUGGUUGAACGUAGUGGACGUUUCUGUGGAACACAUUGCCUACAGCAAUAA